AUGAGGUUGUCAACACAACAGCAGAAAACUUUGCCAACCCCACAUCUACUCUGAAACAAGUCGCGCAAGCUAUCGGGAAUAUAUACAAUACGAGAAUGAACGGAGACGUGGUCCAUGCAACAAACGGAGACGUGGUUCACGACGCCAACGAUGUCGCCCUUGAGAACGGUACGAUGACGGAAUUUCGUGAUACAGAUGAGGACAGCAAUAGCGGAAAACGUCGAUGUCCAUCAUGGGUGAACUCGGAGAACGUCCUCCUUAUCCUUCUGAUCUCCUCCGUCAUCAUGGGCUUCGUGCUCGGGUACGUUCUGGGGCUCUUCUAUGACUUCACUCAAGACCAGAUCAACUACCUGACCUUCCCCGGGAACCUCUUCAUGAACAUGCUGAAGAUGAUGAUCGUACCCCUCAUCGUCUCCAGUCUUAUCAACAGCCUGGCGUCGCUCGACUCGGCGAUGUCGGGAAAGCUGGGGCUCAGGGCGGUGGCCUACUACUUUUUGACCACGCUGAUCGCAGUCAUUCUCGGAAUCAUACUGGUGGUCACCAUCCAGCCUGGUAGUCGAGGAGGAACUGAGAAGGAUCCCGAUGGCACGGAAGAAGAGGUUAAUACAGCCUAUGCCUUCAUGGAUCUCAUCUUAAAUAUGUUUCCAGAGAACAUUGUCGAAGCUUGCUUCAGAACGUUCAAAACGGCAGGCAUCAAGACAGUGGUGCCGGUUCCUUCUUUGACCACGGGUGACUUCCUUAACCUGACCCUGAUGUCCGGCCUGACCAUUCACCAAUCCAUGGGCUUCAUCAACGGAACCCUCCAGACCAUUGGUCAGAAGACCAUGGACUUCAGAAUGAUGGCCCUCGACGCCAAAACCGUCAGUGAUGACAUGGAUAUGUUUCUUCAGGACAUGGACAUGACCUAUACAUACUUAAUGGAAUCAGUUCAAGGAGCCGGUGGCAGUAAUCCUGGAUCGAACCUGAUUCCGGUGAGCAAUCUCCUUGGAGAGUUCUCAACCUACAUUGAUGAUCUGAGAGCCGUUGUGGAUGAUCUUCCAUCAACGGGAGAGCUGGAUGAAAUGUAUAUGACGCAUUUGGGUAACAUGACUGGAAUGGUACUAUGGGCAGCGGGUGAAACAGAAACUGAGUUAUUAUCAAGCCUCAAGACCCUAGAUAUGGUCGACGUGCCCACACUAAACGCCACGUCACAAGCUCUUCAUUUGAUCAUAUAUUCAAUGAACGACGUGGUGUACAUGGUAGAACCGCUUCAUAUGAGUUCCCUUAUCCAUACAUCAAACGCAGAAGUGGUUGAGUUGGUUAAUCUUAUUACGAUGUUCCAACCGGACGAUGUACAGCUCACCAGGCAGGUUCAUAUCAUGAACGUCAAUUUGAUCAAUCUUGUCCUGGCGACAAUGCAAGAUCUGCAAAGCAGCGAUCGUCUCGACCUAUCCCACGUCUCCCAGUCCAUGCAGAAGCUGUCCACCAACCUGGUGUACCUGAUGGACAUGACCGAAGAAGUGUACACUCUGGACUUCCUCAACCAGAUCAGCACACUCCUACAUGAUAUGACAGGCGCCCUCAACCACCUUUCCAUGGUCCUCUACACACCACGUACGCUCAAGAUGGACUCUCUUCUACAGCUUAAUCAGAUCAUCACGCAGAUGAAUGGGGUCGUGAACUCCAUGGCUGAUGUCCUGCAAGAGAGUACGGAUUACACAAUCUGGUACAGGGGUAACACCACUGAAGUGAUUGAGACGGUUUGGGAAGGGACCUACGUCUACAGCAUGAAUAUCCUAGGGCUUGUCGUCUUCUCCAUUGCCUUCGGUAUCAUCGUUGGUCGGUUGGGUGACGAUGGAAAAGUGGUGAUCAGCUUCUUUUCUGCUACUAAUGAGGCCAUCAUGAAACUCGUCAUGAUCAUCAUGUGGUACGCUCCCAUUGGUAUCCUCUUCCUCAUCACCGGUAGCAUGGUGGGCGUCGAAGACUGGAGCGUGAUCUUCACCCAGCUCGGUCUUUACAUGGCCACUGUCCUCUCUGGUUUAGCCAUCCACGGGAUCAUCAUCCUCCCUCUCCUCUACGUGGUCGUCGUCAGGAAGAAUCCUUACAAGUACUUGGCAGGCGUCACCCAGGCUCUCUUUACAGCUCUCGGAACUUCUUCGAGUUCGGCAACCCUACCAGUGACUACCCGAUGCUUAGAGGAAGGUCUAGGUGUCGAUCCCCGUGUUGUACGGUUCGUUCUCCCGGUCGGUGCUACCAUUAACAUGGACGGUACCGCUCUCUACGAGGCAGUAGCUGCCAUCUUUAUCGCCCAAGUUAACGACAUCCCGCUCAGUUUUGCCGAUUUAGUGACAAUCAGUCUAACGGCGACCUUCGCGAGUAUCGGAGCAGCCGGUAUCCCCCAGGCUGGUCUCGUGACCCUCGUUAUCGUCCUUACCGCAGUCGGCCUACCUACAGACGACGUCGCCCUCAUCCUUGCAGUUGAUUUUAUCCUUGACCGAUUCCGAACGAUGGUCAACGUGGAGGGCGACUCAUUCGGUGCCGCAAUCGUCGCCAAGCUGUCCAAGAAAGACCUCGCAAAAUCAGACGCGAUCGAUGCUCUCGAAAACGGCGAAGUCACAUUUAACGGAAAGAAAAUGGCAGACAGGAAAGACAGCGACCUACAUGCGUACACCAAUGGCACAUAUGCACACCACGAUGAAGACAACACUCCGCUUUAAAUCUGUUCAAGUAACAGCCACCUUUUUCUGCUGUUGUUGAUCAACUUUAUUAAGAAGGGGCUUCGCAUAAAAUCGGACACAACGUUGGUCAUAUUUUCAUAUUUGUGUAAAAAAAAAAAAUGCCUAAUUUAACAAUGGAACGUUCGCGCACAUUUUGUUCGGAAAUGGAACAGAACAUGGAAAAGGAUAGGGACUGGAAAUUGGAUAUUAUUUUUUUACCUCGAGUAUUGAUAUAUUACUCAAUAUGAUUGCUCAAAAGAUGCAAUGCACACCCAAUGCAAACAGUACACAUAUUGGCUCAUGUGGAGAUUUGGUGCUUUUCUUUCCUUUCUCUCUCAUCGGUUACAAUUAGCAAUUAGAACUAUGGGAACUGAAAGGCUGUUAUUUAGCUUACUCAUAGAUAAAAGUUCACUUUUUUGAAAAUCCAUUUCUACACAUAUCUUUCCCCCUAAAUGAUUCAAAACGUCUCUCCCUCUCUCUCUCUCUCUCUCUCUCUCUCUUUCUCUACUGUGUGUCACUCUCGUUUUUACU